CGGUUUCAAUUAGAAAAGAAGAAUUAUGCGCUCUAUGAUCGCAUUUGUUUUACUUUUUGGUGCAAUCCUUGCUCAGCAAUGUGCUCCUACCACGGAGGUUCCUUCUUCCGGCCAGGAAGGAAAUGUUUAUGUCGAUCCUAAAGGUUGCCCUGAUUAUUCCGAGGGUAGACGUGAAUAUAAAUGUACAGGUGGAAAGUGGGUUCUGGAUGACAAGUGCAUUCCUCUCAUCCCUACUGCUUUUGAAUACAGACCUAGCGAGAUGGUGUUGGAGUUGAACAAGAACAUGACUGUUGUAACUCCUUUUGUCAACUGCUAUCAGUGCGAAUUCUUGCUCAAGGAUCACGAUAUUGGUAAGACGUUGCCUGCUGGUCUGUUCUUGGAUAAAUCUACGGGAGCCAUUUCGGGUACUCCUUCUGCUCUGCAGGAGAAGACUGAUUAUGAAAUUAUUGCCCGUAACCGAAGAGGAGAUGCCACUUGCACCAUUUCUAUCUCUGUUGAGACCGAAGCGGCUAACUAUACUAUGAUCAUUAUUAUUGUCGUCUGUGUUGUCCUGAUCGUCGGUCUUUUCGGUACUUGCUACUACAUUCGUAUCCGUGGAACUGGAAGAAACCAACGUAAAGCUCGUAACUUGAAGGCAGGCGCUGGUGGUGUGAAGACGACCAACCGCGUGUAGGCUUUGUUUGCUUGCUUGU